ACGGCGGAGAACCACUGGGCUAGCCCAGUAUUUACGGCCUGAUUUACUAAUGUGGUAGAAUCUGAUUUGUGAUCGGAGAAAAUACAAGAAGGAAAGCGGUCGAAUGAAGAGAAGCACAACCCGUUGGUACUUGGUAACGUAAACGUUUCGAGGUUCGACAAGGUUUAGGAACCGAGAUACGGCUGAGAACCACUGGGCUAGCCUCUUUGUGUCUCUCUCCGCUCUCUCUCUCCUACCAAAAUUCUCAUCUCCCCUAGGGUUUCAAAUCUUCAAGGUGAAUCAUGGCGACUGCAUCAGUGGCAUUCAAAUCUAGGGAGGACCAUAGAAAGCAGAUGGAAUUGGAAGAAGCACGUAAAGCAGGUCUUGCUCCAGCCGAGGUUGAUGAAGAUGGAAAAGAAAUCAAUCCCCAUAUUCCACAGUAUAUGUCAUCGGCACCUUGGUAUCUUAAUUCAGAAAGACCGAGUUUAAAACAUCAAAGGAAAUGGAAGUCGGAUCCAAAUUAUACAAAAUCAUGGUAUGACAGAGGUGCAAAAAUUUAUCAGGCUGACAAGUUCAGGAAGGGUGCUUGCGAAAACUGUGGAGCCAUGACACACGAUUUGAAGUCAUGCAUGGAAAGGCCACGUAGAGUGGGAGCUAAAUGGACGGACAAAAAUAUUGCGCCGGAUGAGAAAAUAGAGACCUUCGAGUUGGAUUAUGAUGGCAAGCGGGACCGUUGGAAUGGCUAUGAUGCCGCUAGCUAUGCCUAUGUUAUUGAGAGAUACGAAGCAAGGGAUGAAUCCAGAAAGAAAUACUUGAAAGAGCAACAGCUUAAGAAAUUAGAGGAGAAAAACGGUAACGAAAGUGGAGAGGAUGGGGUUAGUGAUGAGGACGACAAUGAAGAUGAUCUGAAGGUGGAUGAAGCCAAGGUUGAUGAGAGCAAACAGAUGGACUUUGCAAAGGUUGAGAAGCGUGUGCGUACUACUGGUGGUGGGAGUACAGGAACUGUCAGGAACCUGCGUAUCCGAGAGGACACGGCGAAAUACCUUCUUAAUCUUGACGUUAACUCUGCCCACUACGAUCCAAAAACCCGAUCCAUGCGUGAGGAUCCUCUUCCAGAUAUGGAUCCCAACGAGAAAUUUUAUGCAGGGGAUAAUCAAAAUAGAGUAAGUGGUCAAGCUUUGGAAUUCAAGCAGCUCAACAUUCAUGCUUGGGAGGCAUUUGACAAGGGGCAUGAUGUUCACAUGCAAGCAGCUCCGUCCCAAGCAGAGUUGCUUUAUAAGAAUUUUAAGGUCAAUAAGGAAAAGCUGAAAUCAGAAGUGAAGGAGACCAUUAUGGAGAAGUAUGGCAAUGCUGCUACAGAAGAACAACUUCCAAGGGAGCUUUUACUGGGACAAAGUGAGAGAGAGGUUGAGUAUGAUCGUGCUGGCAGGAUUAUAAAGGGCCAGGAGCUAGCCCUUCCUAGGAGUAAGUAUGAGGAAGAUGUUCAUAUCAACAACCACACUAGUGUUUGGGGUUCGUGGUGGUGGGAUCAUCAAUGGGGUUACAAGUGUUGCAAACAGACUAUCCGAAACAGCUAUUGUACGGGUGCUGCUGGUAUUGAAGCAGCUGAAGCUGCAACAGAUCUAAUGAGGGAUAAUCUUGCUCGUAAAGAGGCUGCAGAAGAGAUGCCUGCACAGACAGAGGAGAAGCAACUUGCUACUUGGGGAACUGAUAUACCGGAUGAUUUGGUUCUUGAUGAGAAGUUACUAGCUGAAGCACUAAAGAAGGAGGAUGAAAGAAAGAAAGAACAGAAAGAUGAAAGAAAGCGCAAGUACAAUGUCAAAUGGAAUGAUGAGGUUACUGCUGAGGAUAUGGAGGCAUACAGGAUGAAGAAAAUCCAUCACGAUGAUCCAAUGAAGGAAUUCCUGCACUAAUUUUUGGCGAGAAUUCUGUUUAGUCGGUCAUGGAUAUUCAAGCACUUCUAUGCUUUUUUUUCUAGUUUUAGUGGUUAUUCCGCCGGAUCAAAAAAAAAAAAAGUGGUUAUUCUGCAGUAGUGUGAGGUGUCCUUGUAAUAGUUUGUGGCUACCAUACUUCACACUUUAUUUGUUACUCCCUCCGUCAUUUAUUUAGAGUCUAGUAUUCCAUUU